GCGCGCGUGUUGAAAAAGCCCGGUGCUGCCAAAGUUUGUAUCAGAUCGCUCCGGUGUGGGUGCGCGAGGGGGGCCAGGAAAGACUUAACCUAGAGCUUUUGGACUCGCGACAGCCAGGAACGGGCGCGCACGCGAAACACACGAGUCUGGGUUUGGGACACGAGUCUAAAGAAAAGUCUAAGGAAAGACUUUGGUGGCGCGAGCAUCAUCAUCAUCACCUCCACCGUGGCGACAUGGAGACCAUCAGCACCACCAGCACGACCACCUGCAGCACCACUGCAGCCACUAUCAUCGCCGCUGCUGCUCCAGCCACCUGCCCGUUUGCGCACGAGCGCGCCACAGCAGCAGCACUUGUCUCCAGCGCGACCAGCAGCAGAGCUCUCAAGCGACCCCCGCGCUCCAGCUCGCCGGAGCUCCUGCGCUGCAAGCGGCGGCUCACGUUUAGCGGGCUGGGCUACAGCAUCCCGCAGCAGCAGCCCGUGGCCGUGGCGCGGCGCAACGAGCGCGAGAGGAACCGCGUCAAGCAGGUCAACAUGGGCUUCCAGACCCUGCGGCAGCACGUGCCCAACGGCGCCGCCAACAAGAAGAUGAGCAAGGUGGAAACACUGCGCUCCGCCGUGGAGUACAUCCGCGCGCUGCAGCAGCUGCUGGACGAGCACGACGCCAUCUCCGCCGCCUUCCGCUGCGGCGUGCCGUCCCCCAGCCUAUCCCACAGCUACUCCGCUGAGCCGGAGUCGCCGCACUCCUCCUACUCCUCGGACGAAGGCAGCUACGAGCAGCAGCUGAGCUCCGAAGAACAGGAGCUGCUGGACUUUACCACGUGGUUCGACAGAUACUGAGCGGGUAGGGCUGAGCCGCGUCCCGAUAACCACCCUGAGCUGCGUGCGGAAAAUAGCUCCACUAGUGCACUCGGUCACUCCCUUCCUCUCUCCCUCACAAAAAGCGCCGCAGACCUGUGCCGUUGUUCACUACGGAGAGAGCCAGACAGCGGAGGGCGAGGCGAAGAUUUGGGACACAGCACUCCGAGACGCUCUGCGCCGGUGUCAUAGCAACCAGCAACAAGCAUCAGCGAACUGACUGAGAACAGAACUAGCUAGCAUGCUAAUUUGCUAGCUAACUAGCUGUGACAAAAGUGUCAAAAAAACUGACAAAAAGAGAAUUUGUGCACAUAAAAAGAGAAAAACGUGUCAGCUCAGUUUAAACAAUCCAAGCUACCUUUUCCUAAUUAGCGAACUAGCUAAUUCUAUGCUAUGUUUGUAUACCAUUAUGCUGUCUUGUUAGGGUAACCUUAGCUAGCCAGCAAGCAAGUGUUGAGGAUUGGAACACCACCACCAUGACCACACACUUCCUAGUGCACUACUUAGGUAGUGAUGAAUCUGACACAGCCUUCACCGUCAGCAUCCGCAGCUUCUGGCUGGCUGUCCCAGUGUCUCUGCUCUGAGAUAAACGAGGAUUAAAAAAAGAGAAAAACAAGACUUCUUUCAACUCCGUUCAAAGAUUUAAGGACACAAAGGGAGACUCUGGAAGCGACUGGAGGAAAAGAUUUGAGCUGAAAAGUGCAAUUAUGGACUUAUGUAUGUAUGUGUUGCUGAUAGGGCUGUUUAGAGAGUGUUGUUUUGAAGUUGCUGACGUGACCAUUCCUAAAAAGGGGACUUCUGUAUUAUAAGCUGUAUUUUUUAAUAUAAAGAUUUUAUUUUUGUAUGCCGAGCUAAGCAAAACAAAAAAGGUUCACUGCCUCUUCUGUGACAAUGACCAUGUGGUAGAGUAUGAGUUGUUAGUCAGAAGGUAACAAUAAUGUUGUUAAUGCUCUUAACACUGUUUAGGGUUUUGUUCAGUAGAACAUAUUAUUGAUCAGACAUCUGGCUCCUCAUUGGCUGGACGAGGAGAUGUUUAAAAGUGUAUGCACUUGUUCUCAGUGUUCUGUAGACUACGGAAAAUGUACAUAUCCGCGAUUUUAACAGAUAUAUUUUGUGUAAAAAAAGUUUUUCCUUUUUUAUAAAUAAAUUCACUCUAUUUAUACAUA